AAAGUUUUGCUUGCUAAUGAAACCAAUAAAAAUCAAAAAUAACGAAAACAUUAACCCAUUGCCUUAAAGAUCUAAGAUAAAAAGAAUCAAUGUAUGAAAAUAAAUUAGUUUAGAUCGCUGCAGAAUUAUUUGAGAAUUCUGCACAACUAAACAUCUCUCCCUUAAGGUUAAAAGUAGAAAAUGAUGCCCAAUCCUAUUUAGAAGCGAUUAGUGCAUUUUAAACAGUUGAAUUACAGAAUCCAAUAGUCAAGGAAAGAGCUAAAAGUGUUAGUAAUUUUAUAAAAAUAUAUAAUCUUAGUGGAAGACACUGAUUUUGGGGCAUGGUAAGAAUAAAGAUACAUUUAACCUAACUCUAAUCAAUAUAGAUAAUCUUAUAAAAAAGAACAAAAAAGUUGCUAAUUUAAGAUCAGAUAUCCAUCACCUAAAAUUUAAUAAUAAAAUAAAAUAACUAAUAAGAUUAUACAAUAUCCAUUGACAGGUUAUUUAGAAAGAAAUAUUAAUCAGUUUUUUUAAAGAGAUAAAUAUUUUAAAAUUAUAUAAAAUAUGACUGGAGCAACUCAUCGAAAAAAAACAAAGAAAAUAUUUCCAAGCAGUACUUAAAAUAGCAGAGCUUAAUCAUCAUUAUCAUUUCAACUUUGA